AUGACUCUGGUUCUGUCCAUGAAUAGAUUCUGCGAGCCCAUUGUCUCGGAAGAAGCUGCUGAAAUUGCCGGGUACCAAACACUAUGGGAGGCUGACAACUACGGAGGCCCGAGCCCCCCAGGGCCAGCACAGGCUCCUUUGCAGGGAGACCGGGGAGCCGGUCCCCCCCUGGCAGGAUCACAUUACAGGGGAAUUUCAAAUCCUAUAACAACAUCCAAGAUCACAUACUUUAAGAGGAAGUAUGUGGAAGAAGAGGAUUUUCACCCACCACUCAGCAGCUGUAGCCAUAAAACCAUCUCAAUUUUUGAGGAACGAGCCCACAUCCUUUAUAUGUCCUUAGAAAAGCUCAAGUUUAUCGAUGAUCCUGAAGUGUACCUCCGAAGGUCUGUCCUUAUAAACAACUUGAUGAAGAGGAUCCAUGGAGAGAUUAUCAUGCAGAAUAACUGGUGCUUCCCGACCUGCUCUUUCAGUGGCGCCUCCGCCCAGGAGUGGUUUAUGGCUCAAGACUGUCCUUACCGAAAGCGACCACGGAUGGCCAAAGAGGAGUGUGAGAAGUUUCAUGCCUGCUGCUUUUACCAAGAAUGUGGUGGUCACUACCUAAAUUUACCCCUUUCUGUCAAUGCUAAUGUUGGAAGUGCCUCCCCUCCCUCCUCCCCUCCCCCCUCCUCAUCUUCCUCCCCCCCGCUGCCUUUACCAAGCUGUUCCCACCAGGUGGAUUUUGAUAUAGGCAGUGCACCCACUUACAAGAGUGAUGGCCAGAUACCUGCCAAUGAAAUCUUUGUUACUAAUGUCAGGUCGCUUGAAAAGGCCAAAUUAAAUGAUGAGAAAGCAAAUAAUGACACCAGCAGAGAUGGCAGCCCCCUCAGCCAUGAACCUGUGGGAAAUGACCUUGCUUUUGAGUGCAAAAGCCAAUUUUAUGAUUAUUUUGAGACUGGAUAUAAUGAAAAAAACAAUGUAAGUGAGUCUUGGAAAAAGUCCUUGAAGAGAAAGGAGCCUUCACCAAGUAACAAACUGUGCUGCAGCAAAGGCAGUAAAAUAUGA